UAAUAGUAUUUAACAACCAUGCUUUUAUCGCUAAGCAAAAACUUCCCUAUUUCUACUAGAUUAUUACCUACGUUAACUUGAACAAUCUCUCAGACCAUAAUCCAACACAGUAUAGCAACUACACAGAUUCAAAAAUAGAUGUUGACUAGAUUUACAAAUAGUACAGAACAAACAUCUACUACUACCAUCAACCUUCUUUCUUCUUUUAGUCAAAUUGUCUCUAGUUAAGUUAAUACUUAAGUACCAAUGAGGAGCAAGAGAAAGGAAUGUACUCUAGAGGUAUUUUGAUUUUCCAUUAAGAAGAAACAUGGACGGGUUGAAUGCUCUGAAAUUGAUGAUUUUAUAAAGCCACUGAGACGAGUACAUGCCAUGAAGUAAAUUGCCACAUUAGUGCAUCUUCUUCCCUCCGACGAUUGAACAGUCAAUGAUACCAAACCAAGAAUUUAACAUCUCUCUAAUUAAACUCUUCUCCUAAAAGUGCACUUUACGGUUUUGCCAUCCCACAGCUAUGCUACUAUAGAUAGGGCUGGACGAAAUACUCGUGGCUCGUUGGCUCGCUCGGCUCGUAGCCUGCUCGGCUCGACUCGGAUCGGAUCGUUUGAAUUUUUACACGAGCUGAGCCAACGUCCCAGCUCGGUUUCUUAACGAGCCAGCUCGAGCUGAGCUCGAGCCAGCUCGCGAGCUAACCGAGCUGCAACAUUCCAGCGCCACUUUCGAUUCUUUGACUUGGUCCAUCAGCUGCCAGCCCAUUUCCUAAGCAGUUGAGCCCACUAAUCCUUCUUGCAUUCCUAUUUCCAGCGCCACUUCCAGAAUCCUCAGCCCGCGGCCAACGCGGCAACGCGCAGGGCGCAGCGCAGUCCCAAUUCCCAAAUUCGCAAUCGCAGUUCGAAAAUCCGCCACAAACCCUAGAGUCCUAGACGUCACGGCGGCUCGGGCGCUCGGCGGUCGGCGCUGCCUCCAGGCUCCACUCCAGUACUCCACCUCCACUCGACCACUCCAGCGCCACCGACGUCACGGCGGCUCGGGCGCUCGGCGGUCGGCGCUGCCUCCAGGCUCCACUCCACCUCCGUCCUCCACUCUAGCGCCAACGGUCAAGCGGCCACCGGCGGGCGGCGGCGUCCACGGUCCACUGGCCACUGCUCCCGCAGUCCCGCGUCGAGACACGACACGCCGGCACGGGGCGGUCGGGCAGCAGGUCCGCACGCGGCACGCAGCAGCAGGUCACCAUCAUCCGAAGACCCUCGUCGAGUCGUCGUCGCCCCAAGCCAAGAGCCUCGCCGUCGGCCAACUCGCGGACUCGCCAUGGCUGCUGCUGCUGCCUAAGUGACAUGGUAUGAAGAGAAAUGGCUACAUUAUUGUGUGAUAGUUUUAUUAGGAUUUAUACCUUUUCACAUAUGAGAAGUGGCUUCAAGAGAGACUGAUACUGGGACUGUAUUAAUAUGUACCAUUUCAACAGUUCAAGCACUAUGGAGGAGGAGAACAUUCCAUUGCCAGCAAGUUUGGGGUCUCGAUCUCGUACUCGAACCAAGCAGCUCACAAAGAAGCCACCCAUUUCGAUGCAGAAGAUGCAUGCAGCGACAUCAUCAUCGGCGUCCGGCAAUCGGUCUAAUGUUUCUAUAUCUGUGGAGCCAACAACUAAUUCUAGAGAGGAGGAAGACAAGGACGAGGAUAAUAGCCUCGACAUGGAGGAUGAUUUCUCUCUAAGCCUAUCUUCAGAGGAUGGUGGGAGCCAGGGUGAAGAUGAGGUUCAUAAUGCAAAGAGAGGAGUCAAAAGGGCAAAGGGUGAUGUUCCAUUAUCUCCUUCAAAGUGUAAGGUCAAGAGGGUGAAGCGAGCAGAUUGCUGGAAGUAUUUUAAGGUGGUCGAAGUUCAAUCAAAGAAGAAGUUUGGGGAAAUGGUGACGAAGGCCAAGUGCAAGUUUUGUUACAAAAUGUAUGUGUAUCAACCUGGGGGUCCAACAUCACAACUGAAUCGACAUCUUGAUAAGUGCACCGCCUACCAGAACAAGUUGGCCAAUGCAAAAUCAAAGGUUUCUCAAGGUACUAUCAGCUUCGCUCUUGAUGAUGGUUCUCUUGUUGUUAAUCCCACUGAAUAUGAUCAUGAUCACACUAGAAAUUUGAUUGCUAAGAUGAUUAUUGUUCAUGAGUAUUCACUUCGAAUGGUAGAGCACAGAUGGUUUAAUAUCUUGAUGAAAUGGAUGAAUAACAGCUAUGAAAGUAUUGGUAGAAAGACUAUAAAAAAUGAGUGCAUGAAAGUGUAUGAAUCUGAAAAGGACCUUCUAAAGAAAACUCUUAGAGAGACUGAAUCCAUAAGUUUGACUACCGAUCUGUGGACAUCUAACCAAAAUGUCCAAUACAUGAGUUUGGUUGGACACUACAUAGAUGAAAAUUGGGAAUUGCAAUGUCGUGUACUGAACUUUGUGGAGUUGGAUCCUCCCCACACUGGUGUAGUGAUAGCUCAAGCUAUUUUUGAGUGCCUGGUUGAAUGGAAAAUUGAAGAUAAAGUUAUCACAAUCACACUUGACAAUGCUUCAAAUAAUGAUGUUGCCAUCACCAAUUUGACAUCCAAGCUUCUUGCUAGAAGGAAUACACAAUUUGAUCCCUUGUAUUUUCAUGUUCGUUGUGCUUCACACAUAGUCAAUUUGACUGUAAAUGAUGGCUUGCAACCAAUAGAUGAUCUCAUAAGUAACCUUAGGGAAACAGUAAAAUAUUUCAAGAGAUCACCUAGUAGAAUGUACAAGUUCAUGGAUGUUUGCAAAGAGUAUGCUGUAAAAGUUGGAAAAAGGUCUCUCUCUUGAUGUUAAAACAAGGUGGAGUUCAACAUAUAGAAUGUUGGAUACUUGCAUUCACUAUAGGGCUGCUUUUGGUUACUAUGCUGAAAAAUAUGAGUUGUUGUAUCGCCAAAAAAUGGGUGACAUCAACCAAAACACUCAGACAACCUCUUCAUCAAUGGGUACAAACAGUUCACUAGCAGCUGUAGUUCCAGAUGAAUUUCAGAAUUAUUUGGAGUCUAGUGCUACAGAAGGUUCAAAAUCAGAGUUGCUUAUUUAUUUAGAUGAACCAAAUGUGCCUACCAGUGAUAAGAAUUUCAGCUUGCUCCCCUAUUGGCAACAACAUGCUCAUAGGUUUCCAGUAGUCUCUAGUAUGGCAAAGAGAUUUUUGGCUGUCCCAGCAAGUAGUGUAUCAUCAGAGUCCACUUUUAGUACUGGAGGAAGAGUGGUUGAUGAUUAUCGGAGUUCUUUGAAGCCUUCAACAGUUCAAGCACUAAUUUGUGCAUCUAGUUGGAUAAGGGGCUCUCAACAUGAGAAAACUGCACCUAUUCUUGUGGAGGGGGACGAUGGUGAUAUCGAGUUUGUGGAGUUCCCUAAGGGUGUGGUGGCAAGCAAUUAGCCGAAGAAAGAUGUGCUAAUGGUGGAUGCUAGCCUUUUGGUUUUGGUGGCAUGUUGUUGUAUGCUGUCUAGUCUAGCUGACUUGUUGUGCACUUUGUGUCUUUGUGCAUGUUCUGCACUCCUGCUAAGCUGCUAGCCUGCUAGUGCAGUAGACAGUAACAAUAGUGCACUAGUCAGUAGUGCGGUAGUGCCAUUCUUUUGGUGGUUAACUGUUAUUGGUUAGUUGGUUACUUGGUUGUAAAUUCUAGUGGUUAACUGGAUAGUUGGUUGUAAAUUCUGGUGUGGUGGCGUGGUGCCGUGGUGGCUACUUCUGUAAAUUAAGCCAUGAAUUGACGUUGAAGCCAUGGACUGAUCAGUGAUCACAGAAGCACUGCAUGGUCGCAUGGACGCAUGGUUAGUGGAACUGGAAUAGUGGUUGGCUGGUUGCCUACUUGCCUGGUUGGCUGAUGACAUAAUUCUGAAUUUCUGAUGCUGUGAUUCUGUGAACUGUGAAUCUGUGUGUGAUGCAUGAAGCCAUGAAUUUCUGAAUUUCAGAACUGAUGAUUGAUGAAUGUUGCAGGUUGAAUGUCUGAUUAUGAAAUUUGAUUUGUCUUUUCACCUGUGAACUAUUUUCUGGUGUCAAAUUAUUUUUGUAUUUGUG